AUGGAAUCUAGCGAGUCGGUUGAUGGAGCUGAUGUCGUCAUUCCAUUGUCUUCGGUUAAACAAGUAACUGACAGGUAUGCUAACACGUUGUAUGGAUAUUUUCUGGGUAAACGGCUGGCUUUUCCUGUGGUGGAUUAUUUUGCAAAGAACAACUGGGUUAAAUAUGGUCUCUCUAGACUAAUGAUGAAUGCGAACGGGUUCUUUUUCUUUAAAUUCAAAACAAAGGAAGGGAUGGAUAAAUUGGUGGAGGAUGGACCUUGGAUGAUUAGAAAUGUUCCGAUAAUUUUGAAGGAGUGGUCGGCCUCUGUCAAGUUGAAAAAAGAAGAUAUAAAGGCUAUCCCAGUCUGGGUUAAGAUGCAUGAAGUGCCGUUAGCAGCGUAUACUGAGGACGGUCUUAGUUUGCUCACUUCUAAGAUAGGGGUGCCUAAGAUGCUAGAUUCGUACACUGCUACAAUGUGUGCUGAGUCUUGGGGAAGAAGCAGUUAUGCUAGAGCUCUCAUUGAAAUUCAAGCCGGGGCUGAGUUAAAGAGGAGUGUUACUAUUGCAAUCCCAUCUUUAGAGGAUAAAUCGUGCCCAAAGAGCCCUCAGGUUGUUUCGAGUAGGGAUUCUGGAAAGAAAAUUGAUGAUUUUCAAGUUGUGGGUGCAAAGAAGAAGAAAGCUACUAACCAAGGUCUUUAUAUGAAAAAUCAAAAGCCUAAGGUAGUGUACAGACCAGUUGUAAACCCUAAACCAAUUUCGUCCUCGAGGAAGCCGAUGAACAAUCAGGUAUCAACGUCAAACCCCUUUGAUGUCCUUAAGGAUGAUGAUGGUGGUCAGGGAGGUAGUACUGUGGGUCGUAUAGAGAAGAAGGCCAAGCAGGUUAAUGACAAGCAAGAUUCAGAUGAGGAGGAGGUUGAGGAAGUCUACAAUGAAACUAAUGAAUUUAUGACUUCGGGAACACAUCCUUCAUCUUCUAGAGCUCAGGCAAGCAACUCAUCCACAAAGGGAUCCAAUGGCUAG